AUGAGUCAGUCAUACGCUCAAUUACAAGAUUUACCUGAUGAACUUCUUAUAUUUAUUUUCAAACAAAUGCACAAUGUUGAAGUUCUUUAUUCUUUAUUUGGUGUCAAUGAACGGUUGAAUUCAAUUCUACUAGAUCCAAUUUUUACAAAUCAUUUGAAUUUCUUGAAAAGGUCUUCGAAGAAAUUUCUCAAUGUAUAUUCCCUUGAUAUUAUAUUUGAUCGAUUUUGUUUACAAAUUUUACCUGCCGUUCAUGAGAAAAUCCAAUGGCUUGAUGUUGAAUCAUCUUCUAUGAAACGAAUUCUAUGUGCUGCUGAUUAUCCUAAUUUACAUGGACUCGGUCUAUUCAAUACCGAAGAAGAAACAAUUAAAAGUCUUUUCACUGGUGAGAAAAUCUCUAAAUCCAAUAGUAAUAAUCGAAAAUAA